AGCGCGGGGGACGGGACCACGGGAGCCAUGUGGGCCCUGGGUGGCUCCUGCCGCCUGGGCGGGCGCCUCUUGGCCGGGGCGGCAAGCGGCGGGGAGGCGGCGGGGCGGCCUCGCAGCAGAAUACAGAAACUCUUCAGCACAAGCAGCGUGCUUUCUGCUGAGAAAGAUGAAUCUGCUGCUUCCAAAGACAGCACCACUGAAGUGGCAUCAAAGAAUCGGGAGGGCAUGGCAGAAACACCAAAGCAGAAGUUAUUAGACAUUAUUGGUAAUAUGAAAGUAGAAGUGACCUACAGGAAGAAACUCCAAGAGUUAAAAACACGUGAGAUCAAAAAGCAAGCCACAAACAAGCUUAAAGGCCUGGAGAGUGAAGGUACUAUGCUUCAGAAAGCUACAGAAGAUACCCAGCGAGGCAAACCUUUAAAUCCAGAACUGGUGGAGGCAGUUGCUGCAGUUGCAUCUUCCCUACCACUUGACAAGAAACAGACAGAAUCAGAACUACUUGCACAACUAAGGCGACAUGAAGAAACCACAGAUAAACAGAAAAAGGGGGGAACUGUUAACUUACGGAAUGUUAUUUCAGAAAUGGCAGCUAAAAGGCAGUUGCAAGCUCAGAGAGGUGUGAGGAUAUCCAAUCGCAUUUCCUUGAAGUUGGAUGAAGAUGGUCAAAUGCUCAGGCGUGGAAGACUGUCGCCUCAGUCUUUUGACUCCAGAGGGAGUCUCAAAGGAGCAAAGAGACUUAAUAUAUUCACUAAGGCUUCUAAAGAAACAGAAACUGCACUGGAAACAGUAUCUUCACCAACAAUUUGGGAUCUGGAAUUUGCAAAGGCAAUUGCAGCAAUAACUGCACAGCCUCCCAGAAAUGGUUUUGAGGAGAUGAUCCAGUGGACAAAAGAAGGAAUACUGUGGGAGUUCCCAAUUGACAAUGAAGUUGGGAUGGAGGAAGAUGCUGAAUUUCAUGAACAUAUCUUUCUGGAGAAACACCUUGAAAACUUUCCCAAGCAAGGACCUAUUCGCCACUUCAUGGAACUAGUCAUCUGUGGGCUGUCGAAAAACCCAUACCUCACUGUUAAACAGAAGAUUGAACAUAUUGAGUGGUUUCACACCUAUUUUGAGGAAAAGAAGGAACUACUUCAAGAGAUGUGAGACUUGGGAAAGUGAUGAACCUUGAAAUGAAGAAUCAUUAAGUCAAAAUUGAUGAUUUCUUAAAAUGGAAAUACUGUCAGUGGAUCAUGUGACCUCAAAGUUGUAUUUUAAGUAAUAAACUGAAAGGUCAUACUUUCGUGUGUAUGUCCAUGUAUAUGUGGAUAUUUUUUGACAACAAGGAACCAAAAGUACAACUUCUGGAGAAUGUGCAUUUAAAAUUUAGUUUAUCAAAUUUUUUUUUCCUUUUAAAUUUGAAGCUAAUCUUUUGACCAUACAAAAUAUUAUUAAUUCCACUUACUACACUCUUUGCACUUUGGUGUGUAUCUUGAUGAGUUUGAUCGUUUUUCCUGUUCUGGAAAACUUGUAGGGCUUUCAUUUUUUAAAAUUCUAGAUACAGCUCUGAUUUUUGAAAAGCUGCUACUGAGAUAGUAACAGUUCAUUUUGCUAAUUCAUUAAAUACACUGGUAUUUGGCUGGUAUGAAUCCUUUCUAUCCUCCUUUCACUAAUUAUCUUUUUUGGUUAAUUUUAAAAGUUUUGGUAAUGACUUAAGCAAUUUGAAUUGAAUGCUUCUUAGUUCGUCUGCUCAAAGAAAGGCUGUUGUAUUCCUGUGAUGUGUGCACAGCAUAAUACUGGUGAGUUACAUAAAAUAAUACAAGAAGUCCCUACGACCAUCUGUUCAUCCAUUCUGAAGCUUUUGACCCAACUUCCCAUCGGUAUUUAUUGUUUAAAAAUGGGUCUGGUUGUCAAGCAAUCCAUAAAGUUCAGUUUGAUUAGAGCGAGUGGUUCUGUGUUUACUGCAGUGUUGGGAGCUGAGGUCUUAUCUCCUGGGAGCUGCGGGGCUAGAAAGAGGGCUUGAUGUGGCUGGCAAGGAGAGUUGUUGCCUACAGACUACUUUUGCAUGAUGCCCUUGCUGUUUUCUUUCUGGUCCUGUGACAGUGAAAUAACUUCAUAUUUUCUAGAUGAUCCUUAUUGAAAUUAGAUGUAUAUUAUCCUUCACAUCUCUUAAGCAGUUGCAAUAGAUUUGACUUCAGUUAUCUCUUGUUAAUUUUUCAUCCAGAAUUGUUCACUUGGUCAUUCAAAAUCUUGGAUUAUGUCUUGCUGAUUAAUUUUCCAGAGCAUUUCCAGCUCACAUAUUGCGUUCUUCCUUCUUUGCUCACAAUUACUCCAACCACUUUAGCAGCUAUUGGCCCUGUAAAUAUGCUCCUAUCCUUUCCUUCCUAUUUUUUUUGGAAUUGAUGCAGGAGGGAGGAGGUUGUGGAAU